CUGGGACGACGAGCUCGCUGUGUGUUGGGGGUAGACAAGAGGGUCUGGGGGCUUGGAUACAGCACAGAAACACCCUUGUACACGCUCACUCAGUCAGCCAGCCACUCAGUUAGACAAAGAGCAGCAGCAUCCUGCAGGAGGACAGCACGCUCCCGGGGGAUGGGGCAUCAUACCCCUGCAUCGCGGUGGGGGUGUCGGAAGAGGCACAGGAGAGCUAUUCAGAAGAGCCGGGGGUCAAAGGUGAGACGAGCAGAGGGCACCAUGGAGAGUGAGCCGGGGGCCCCUGCUUCCACUGCCAGCAGUGCCGGCACCACCACCACCACCACCUCCUCCUCCUCCUCCUCCGGCACCACGGCUGUCAUCAGUAGUAGUACCUCUAACACUACUGCUGCUACUACUUCCACCACCUCCACUAGCAAUAGUAAUAGUAGUAGCAGCAAUAGUAGUAACACUAGUAGUAGUUCCAGUAGUACUACUGCAGCAGGAAGACAGGCAGUGCCUCAGAUAUCUGUUUACAGUGGGAUACCUGACCGACAAACGGUGCAGGUAUUUCAGCAGGCGUUACACAGACAGCCUAACACAGCAGCACAGUACCUGCAGCAGAUGUAUGCUGCUCAGCAGCAGCAUUUGAUGUUACAAACUGCAGCCCUCCAGCAGCAGCACAGCCUCAGCACAGCUCAGCUCCAGAGCCUGGCUGCUGUACAGCAGGCCAGUAUUGCUGCUGGACGACAAAGCUCUUCACAAAAUGGCACUUCAUCUCAGCAAACAGGAUCUACUCAGGCUACGAUUAAUCUGACCACCUCUCCAGCAGCAGCUCAGCUGAUCAGCCGGGCCCAGAACAUCAGUUCCACUCCCACAAGUAUUUCCCAGCAGGCUGUUCUACUGGGUAGCCCAUCCAACCCCACUCUCACAGCCAGCCAGGCACAGAUGUACCUGCGUGCACAGAUGGCACAGCAAAGUAACCUGGUGCAGGUGGCCAGGAGCCUGGGUCGGGCUGUUCCUCUGUCCCCACAGCUCAUCUUCACUCCAGCCGCCACAGUGACAGCUGUCCAAUCAGAGAGCUCUACGCAGGCCUCCUCACAGAAUCAGGUCCAGAAUCUGGCUAUCCGCGGCCAGCAGGGGGCAACCACGUCCUCCUCACAGACUCAGACCCUGCAGGCUCUCAGUCUGAAGCAGAACCCUGUGCCCAUUCAGCCUGCCUCACUGAUGAAGAAUCCCAGCCAAGGGACCCAGGCCACCACAGUGGGGAAGGCCAGCUCCUCCGAAAGCCCCUCUGAAGGAGGGAAGAAAGGAGACAGUGCAGCAGUCACAGAAGUCCGCGCUAUCAACAUGAGCCGCAGUGUCACAGCUGUCAGCGCUCAGCCUCUGAUUGCUCCAGCAUACGCGCAGAUUCAGCCUCAUUCAUUGGUUCAGCAGCACAAGCAGCAGCAGUUUGUGGUCCAGCAGAGCCAAGGUUCCCAAAGGACAACGGGCCAGUUGCUGCAGACGGCCUCCAUUCAGCCGUCACAGCACCCUAUCCCUGUGCUGCCCAAACCUGGUCCACACCAGCCUCACACACCCAGCCAGCAGGCCACUAUCUUCCACUCCACCAUCAGCCCUCACGCCCUACACUCCUCCCUCAACCAUGCCAAAGCUCAGCCCGUCCAGCUCACUGCCAUCAACCUACAAAUACAGCCAACGGCCUCUCGAAUGAUUCAGGACAGUAAAGAUAAGCCAACCUCACUUGUGGUCAGAGAGACAGGCCAGACUCCCUCCACACAGCAGCAGCAGCAGCAGCAGCAGCAGCAACAGCAACCCACACCUUCUCCAUCACAACCCUCCAAGCCUGUAGAGCAGCCCAAGGUCGACCCAGCCACACCAGCUGUUCAGCCACAAGGGGGCUCAGCCAAGAGGCCAAGUGCGGCACAGGGGACCCCACCUCCAGCCAUGACCUCAGGAAAUGAGAGUGAGACGCCCACUGUGACGGGGAGCACACCACAAAAUGGUGAGAACAAACCGCCCCAGGCCAUCGUCAAGCCCCAGGUCCUCACACAUGUCAUCGAAGGCUUUGUCAUCCAGGAGGGCGCUGAGCCGUUCCCUGUGUGCGUGGAGCGUCUGCCCAUUCUCAUUGACAGCCCAAAGAAGCUGGAUCAUCAGCUCUCCUCAGACCCCGACAAAACGCCGGUCAGCAAUGCAGCAAACACAGACUCUGAGCCCGAGGACAUAACCCAGCCAGAAAAAGAAGAACCCAAGCUGACGUGCGAAUACUGCGGCUGGGUCGACUUUGCCUACACGUUCAAGGGCACUAAAAGGUUCUGCUCAAUGGUUUGUGCAAAGCGAUACAACGUGGGCUGUACGAAGCGGAUAGGACUCUUUCGUCCAGAGAGGAACAAACCAGCAAGUCGCUGGCGUCGAAAAUCUCAGGGCCGCUCGAAUAUAGAGGCGAAAAAGCAGAAGCUGUCCCCUUCACCACAGCAGACUCAAGGCGGUUCAGUAUCGUCGCCACAUCCCUCACAGCCCAGUCAGGAGGAGUCCAGCCCCUGCUCAGACAUGUCCAGCUAUGAGGAGGCACCAUCUCCCCUGUCAGCAGCCAGUUCAGGACCCCUGGCUCCUGCUCCGGCUCCAGCUCCUGUCCACCGUCAGCCGAGCAGAGCCUCAGACCAGGAGAGCUGCAGUGGGAGAGACGCACCAUCACUCUGUCAGCGCUUCUUACCCAAUGACCCCACCAAGUGGAAUGUGGAAGAAGUUUAUGGGUUCAUCCGUUCACUGCCAGGCUGUCAGGGGAUAGCAGAUGAGUUUCGCUCUCAGGAGAUCGAUGGACAGGCCCUGCUCCUGUUAAAGGAGGACCACCUGAUGAGCACCAUGAACAUUAAGCUGGGACCUGCACUCAAGAUCUUUGCACGCAUCAACAUGCUCAAAGAUUCUUAGCAGGAAAGUGUGUGCAUGUGUGUGUGUGUGUGUGUGUGUGUGUAGAGCAUAGCGCUGACAGCACAGGAUACUGACUGCACUAUGACCCAGCCUUAUCCGCACUACUGUACCGAUUCCUUUGAUACAGAAUUUCUCUCAAGCUUGUCUUGAUCCUAUAAACACAUCAUACUUGCCUGCAUCAGUCCAGUCACUGUUUGACCAGUCAUACACUACCAGUCAGAAGUUUGGACACACCUUCUCAUUCAAUUUAAUUAUUUUCUACAUUGUAGAUUAUUACUGAAAACAUCCAAACUAUAAAGGAAUACAUAUGGAAUUAUGUUGUAAACAAAAAAGUGUUCAUCUUCAGUAUUCAUCUACAAUGUAACACAAAUAACUAAAUAAAAAGCAUUGAAUGAGAAGGUGUGUCCAAACUUUUGACUGGUAGUGUAUGUAGGGCUCUUGGUUAUUUCUUUCUAAUUGCCCUUCAAGCACUUUGGUCAUACUGGCCUGCAAAGUGAUCAGGAAGCUGUUAGUUUGUGUUUACAUGCACCCACAGGUGUUUAUCAGAAACAAUAGCUGUGUUUCCAUAGCGUAAAUUUAUGCACAUUUGAAUGUAUCAUAUUAGAAAAGGUUCACUUAAACAAUGCUUCCUUAGAGUGAUGUUUGUCUUCUUCAAAAAAGACUAACACACUUCACAGGAGAUGGAAACACCUUUUUUUGAAUCAUUUCAGACACAGCAAACAUUUAAUUCAUAGGACUAAUGUUCUAUGUUAUAUAAACUGAGAUGAAAGAAUUGCACCUUGCACAAUUUAACAAAAUUCCAGAAGAAUUCUCUCCGUUUGUCUGUUAUGGAUGACUGAAGUGACGGGUUUUGUUUGUUUCUUCUUUAAGGUAUUUUAGUGGUUGGUAAAUGGAGCCUAUACCACUGCUUUCGAUGACACUAUACAGCCAAGUUCAUUCACGUCAAAGCACUUAAUAGAAACAAGUCUAAACUGCUUCAAAUUUGCACACCAAUUCUGUGGAAACAUGCCAAAUGAAAUAUGUAAAAGAACUUCUACAAAAGCCAUGCAAAAGUUACACUCAGUAUCAACCAGUUGAGCUGUAUGUCUUAUGUGGAUAAGAAAUGAUGCACGUUGAUGCCGUUGUACAUGCAUGCAGAACAUGCAUGAAACUGCUGUUGGAUCCGCCAGACUGUCUCGUUAAAUGCUUUUCAGUGGGGAAUAGAAAGUAAAGAGAUAAAAGGAAAUGAAGGGAGAGGGAUGGGACCAACAUGAUGCAAAAAGGUUGUGAUUUAUGGGUAGGCCUUGCUUUAUUAUAACUCCACAUUGUUAAAUAAUAAUGAAUCUGACCAACAAGUGAAAAGGUCACCUUAUUUUUGCUCCUCCUGCCAUCUCAAGCUUACUGUCAGAAAGAUACAAGUUGCCCUUUUAUCUGCAAGGGAAAAGCCCUACACAACGGCAUUGCUUUCCUUGACCUGAGACAUUAUCAUCAUCCAUUAUCUGUUUUAUCUGUUCGGAUCUGAUCGCAUUGCGGCAGAAUUGAGAUAACAAGAUUGCUUAUUAAUACCAGAUGUAGACGCCAAAGGCCCUUAUCAAAUGUCAUUGUUGAGAUAACACAUCUAGGUGCCAAUUCUGGGAUAACAUAAUUCCACAUGUUAAGGGGCUCUUGGAUUCAGUCUGAGGAAAAAGAAAAUCUCUGUAAGAAGUUAUUCUGACAAAGUGUAGAAAAUGCUGGUGAGAGAACAAACUGUACUGAGUUCUCUACCUGUUCAGUGGUGCAAGGUUGGGUCACACUGCAACCGUCGGUGCUGAAUUGAGGCAUUACAACAACCUGAGUGAAGUCUGAAUCUAGUAUAUUAUUAGACAUGUUUUUUGUACAGUUUUGUUAGCGUGUGAAUGAGAGAGAGAUUGCCGUGUGUGUGCCUGGGAACAGAAGAUUGCAUUCAUUAAUUUUGCUCAUUUUUAUUCAGAAGAUGUUCCUUUUUCCUUUUCUCUGAAGAAGGCUCUCGCAGCUCUGGAAUACAAAGCUGAAAUGCAGAGAAACAGUCAAAGCAGCUUCUUUUGGGACAUUGAUUUUUUCCUUUCACUUGCCAGUUUUCUCCUAUACAUUUAAACUGCUUCCAAAUGAUUUUUUGGUGGCGUUUUCAGAAUGAUUUACUAAAAUAUGACAUUGAUUUCUUGUGUCUGUGUCAUAAGAGGACACCAAGUUAUCUGAGGAACAAUUUGGAUCUGCUGCUCUCUCUACACAGCCCUGUUCUGAGCACUAAUUUUCUUUUUGCUUUAAUGUUAUGAAACGCCCCAGCUAAACUGAAAAAUGUAUGUGGCAUUUGUGAAGCAAUGCAAAAAAGUUUGUAUGUAAAUAGCAACAACCAACAAGAGAGGAAAAACCGCAGUGAGUCUGUCAUUUCUUUAAGUUAUCCCUGUUAUUUUAAAACAGAAGUUUAAUGGUGUUCGAUAUUUUGAAAUAUGCAAAUGUAUAAAAUAUCAUUGGCCUGGGAGUUGCUUUUGUUAAUGUCUUUGUUUUCUAAUGGAAAGAUGAUCUUAUCUAUUUGUGUUUUGUGGGUGUCAUGGAAAGUCGACUUUUUUAGAUGAUGGUUUGUUAAAUGCUUGUAUUUAUCAGAACAGUUUGUUACACAUUUUGCAGUUAUAAAUAAUUUGCAAUACA